CCAUAUGCAAUGACACUCUCACACUUUCCAGAGGACUUCUAGAUCAGAGGAGGCAGAGCUCGGAAUCAUCAGCCCAGGAAGGAGAGGGGGACCAGCCAACAUCUGCAACAACACGGCACAGAUCCAGCAUCGGAUACAGAGAUAAAGCACAGAUCAUAGAAGCAAGGGAGAGGAAUACAUCGCAUUCCUUUUUGUUUAAAAUACUGAUCAGAAAGUCAAGAUGGCAGCAGACGAGACAACAAGCUCGUUGGACGAGGGAGAGGCCAAUGUGGAGCAGGCCAACGGAGGACCACAAAGCCCAGCAGACGGGGAGUCCCCCGAGUCACGCGGCAAGAUAGUGCGUGUUGAACUAGAGUGGGAGAUCCCCAUGUCUCUGUCCCUGCCCAUCCAGGUGGAGCCCGACGCUGCACACCAGCCGUUUCCCUUCCUGGACACAACACUGGCCGACCUGGGCAUCAAAGAGUCAGAGGUGAAGGAGAGGGUGGUGUGGGUCGACAACAAGAAGACCCAGGUCAAGAACAAAGCAGGGAAGCUGAAGGAGAAAGAGAUCACCAUCUUGGAGGUGAGAGUGAAAGCCCAGAAGCCGGGAGACAAACAGCUCCAGGAGGUCCUGUACAGCACCGAGGCGCACACUGACCGCUCCUUCUGUCGUACAGGAAUGGAUAUCCUGCCCUGGAGGCACAGGAGUACAGGGGAGAACGGGCCGACACCGGUGCAGAUGACUAUGGCGUUGGACAAGGAAAACCAGCAGCCCGACUCCACUGAGACCCAGGGACAACGGGAGAUCUGAGGAGCAACAAAGCGUCCCCAUCAUCCAAAACAGAAUGCAGAUUUAAUGGGAAUUCAAAACUAACCCUUAAGGUCAACAUAGAGGUUCAACUAGUCCAUCACAAAGCACAUUUUAACGCCAUUUUGAUUCCAAGAUGCAAGUCUGCAUUUAUUUAGAGAAUUCAAACUAAGUGGUUUUGGUUUCUCUUUCCACAGUGAGGCGAGGUUAAAUGGCUUGACAUUAACUGCAAAACGAAACCUGACAGCAUAGUUACUUUUUUUUGUAGCAUUUGUUUAAAAAAAUCUCUAUCACUUGUCAGAUGUGUGUUGUAGGAUACCGCUGAGUAGUUUCUGAUCGGCUGAGCAGAAAUAGCACGGGUAGAGACGAACUGGUUACUGCUGCAUAGUCUCAGGCUGGGCUGCUUUAAGCAUUAACAGUGUAGUUAGGGUAAAGUAAGUGCUGUUUUUUUUUAAAUAUAUAAUAAUGAAUGUGAUGCAUUAGCUUAGUGUAUUCAGUUAGUCGGGUACUUCUGGGGGUUCUCAUUGCUGUAUUUCUGCCAGAGUACACAACACAUGGCUGCAGUUUACCACUUAGAAGAUCCUUUGUAAGCAGCAGAUACAACACUAAGUAAGGCAAUGCUAAGAGAAAACACAU